GCCGGAGCUUUACCACAUACGAAAUGACAUUCAAUUCAAUUCAACAAUGAUAAACCGAUUGUGCCCUUUAAGGGGCAGUUUCCUUCUGCAAAAGCCCAUAGCUUUCCCCCCGGCACACCUCCCCACGAGGAGAUUCGGGUGCGCACAUAGAUAUUUCUCACGAAACGCCGUGUUUUUCCAGCAAAAUGGCUCGUCUGCGCCAUUCAAUACGGUGCAAUCCCAAAAGCGGAACCAAUCCGCAUUGUAUUAUACCAUUAGCAUCAUAGUUGGUACCGUUGCGCUGGCGUAUGGUUCCGUGCCCCUCUACAAGAUGAUUUGCCAACAGACCGGCUGGAACGGUCAACCUGUGGCCACUCAUCUCGUCGGAGACGGCGAUACAGCGAGCCGCGUGACGCCUGUGACGGAUUCUCGUCGUCUUCGAAUCACCUUCAAUGGCUCGGUCUCUGAUGUCCUCCCCUGGAAGUUUACACCUCAGCAACGUGAAGUGCGUGUUCUUCCGGGAGAGACCGCACUAGCGUUCUACACUGCGACAAACAAGGGCCCUGCGGACAUAAUUGGCGUGGCGACUUAUAGUGUAACCCCGGGGCAGGUCGCUCCGUAUUUCAGCAAAAUCCAAUGUUUUUGUUUUGAAGAACAGAAACUCAAUGCUGGAGAAACAGUGGAUAUGCCGGUGUUCUUCUUCAUCGACCCGGACUUUGUCAAGGAUCCUGCCAUGAAAGGGAUCGAUACCAUUACUCUUUCUUACACAUUUUUCAAAGCACGUUACGAUGAUAAUGGCGUCCUAAAGCCGAUAGGGCAAUAACAUGGCAGCUGCUGCAUUGAUGACGGGACCAAUUGAGCCUCAAACACAUCAAGCUAUCUGAAGAUGGGACUCAGUAAGCGUGGAGCUAGCUCUUGAUUCGCUGUGCUGCGGUUUCCCAAUAAACUGUGGUUGAGAAACAACCUUAAUGAACCUCUCUGGUCUGAAUAUUGUGCCCAUUUGCCAAAGAGUAUUCUGUCAGACAGAAGCCCUUGAGCGUCUCCAGAGGACCGCGAAUGUCUUCUUCGAGUCAUUCUCCUCUCUGCAAACCGGGAGCCUAUGGAAUAUGUCCAUCGAUGUCUGAAACUUGGGCUUCUUCUGUCCCAUCCUGUUAUCUCUGAUUUCAAACGUGCACAGAAUCUGUAAAAAUAGUGUAUUCAUACGAUCUUUCUUCUCUUAUAAAACAAAUGUUCAAAUAUCAGCAUAUGAA